AUGUCCUACACCUUUUCCAUGGGGGAGGAACAAGUUCAAAGUGUUGGAGAUAAGAGUACAUGCAAGCUGUACAGUGGAAUGGCCCUGGCAUUUUGUGGCAACGAGAAUGAUAUAAAUGCCUACAAUGUGGACUAUGGCGUGCUCAACAACGGCUGCUUUGUUGAUGCUCUCAACCUGGUUCCUCAUGUCUUCCUGCUCUUCAUCACCUUCCCCAUCCUCUUCAUCGGCUGGGGCAGUCAGAGCUCAAAGGUCCAGAUCCAUCAUAACACAUGGCUCCAUUUUCCUGGACACAACAUGAGGUGGAUCCUGACUUUCUCUCUGCUGUUUGUUCAUGUGUGCGAGUUUGCAGAGGGAAUAGUCUCCAACAAGAUGAUGACGACCAACCACCUCCAUCUCUUCAUGCCAGCUUUCAUGGGCUUUAUUGCUGCCACGACAUCAGUAGUUUAUUACCACAACAUAGAGACCUCUAAUUUCCCAAAGCUCCUGCUCGUUUUAUUCAUCUACUGGGUGUUGGCCUUCAUCACGAAAACGAUCAAGCUAUGGAAGUUUGCCGAGUAUAGCGUUGGGCCUCAACAUUUGCGCUUCUGCAUCACCGCCCUCUUAGUGAUCUUGUACGGGCUCCUGAUGGCUGUGGAGAUCAAUGUCAUCAGAGUUAGGAAAUAUGUUUUCUUUGCAAAUCCUCAAAAGGUGAAGCCGCCCGAAGAUUUGCAAGAUUUGGGGGUUCGCUUCCUGCAACCCUUUGUAAAUUUGCUUUCAAAGGCGACAUACUGGUGGAUGAAUCCUCUCAUCAUGGGAGCCCAUAAAAGACCUAUCGAGCUGAAGAAGAUCGGGAAGCUGCCUAUAGCUAUGAGAGCACUCACCAACUACCUGCGCCUGAAGGAUGCAUAUGAGGACCAAAGGACCGCUGAAGACCCAGACCGUGCCCCCUCCAUCUGGCGCUCCAUGUACCGGGCGUUUGGUCGGCCCAUCCUCCUCAGCAGCACCUUCCGCUAUCUGGCCGACCUGCUGGGCUUCGCUGGACCCCUCUGCAUCUCUGGCAUCGUCAAGUGUCUGGAGAGUGAAAACAAGACAACUGUUUCUAAAGACAUAUAUUUUGGCGUUCAUUUCAUGUCCUCCACGGAACUUCUGCAAAACUCUUCAGUCCUCGCGGUUCUUCUGUUUCUGGCUUUGAUCUUACAGAGAACCUUUCUUCAGGCUUCAUACUAUGUUACUAUAGAAACGGGUAUAAACUCACGAGGAGCUCUUUUGGCAAUGAUCUACAACAAAAUCCUUCGGUUGUCGACCUCCAACAUGUCAAUGGGCGAGGUCACACUGGGACAAAUCAACAAUUUAGUUGCCAUAGAAACCAACCAGCUGAUGUGGUUUUUGUUCCUCUGUCCAAAUCUGUGGGCGAUGCCAGUGCAGAUUGUGAUGGGUGUGAUCCUCCUCUACUACUUAUUAGGCUCCAGUGCUUUGGUCGGAGCGUCUAUCAUUGUUCUUUUGGCUCCAGUGCAGUAUCUCAUAGCAACUAAACUCGCAGACACGCAGAAAAUCACUCUAGAACACUCUACAGACCGUUUGAAAACGACCUCAGAGAUCUUAAAGGGAAUAAAGCUUCUUAAGCUUUAUGCUUGGGAGAAUAUCUUCUGUGACAGUGUGGAGGGCACAAGAGCUAAAGAACUCACCAGUCUGAAGACCUUUGCUUUCUACACGUCUUUGUCCAUUUUCAUGAAUGCUGCAAUCCCCAUUGCUGCUGUGCUUGUGACGUUUGUGAUGCAUCAUUGCAUCAAUGAAACUGGACCAAGUUCCUCUGAGGCCUUUGCAGCUUUGGCUUUGUUUCACAUCCUGGUUACACCGCUGUUCCUGCUUUCCACCGUGGUCAGAUUUGCUGUGAAGGCUUUGAUCAGUGUACAGAAACUGGGAGAGUUUCUUCAGAGUGAUGAAAUUGGAGAUGACAGCUGGAGAAAUGGUGACAUGCCUGUGCCAUUUGAGGCUGGUAAAAAACAUAUGGGAACGACCAAAGCCAUAAACAGGAAGCAGCCCAUUCGUUAUCAAAUGGAUAGCUAUGAGCAGCCAACAAGGCGACAGCUGAGACCGUCAGAAACCGAGGAUGUGGCCGUGAAGGUGAUCAAUGGAUGUUUUACCUGGGGAAGCAACCUGUCCACUCUGUCAGACAUCAACAUCAGCAUCCCUACAAGUCAGCUGACAAUGAUCGUAGGCCAAGUGGGUUGUGGGAAAUCCUCUCUUCUUCUGGCGAUGUUGGGCGAAAUGCAAUCCAUGGAUGGGAAAGUCUUUUGGAGCAAUAAAAACAGGUACUCUGUGGCCUAUGCUGCGCAGAAGUCCUGGCUGCUCAAUGCAACAGUGGAAGAAAACAUCACAUUUGGAAGCCCCUUUAACAAACAAAGGUACAAAACAGUAAUUGAUGCCUGUUCGCUUCAGCCAGACAUCGAUCUGUUACCGUUUGGUGAUCAAACAGAAAUUGGAGAGAGAGGAAUCAAUCUAAGUGGAGGACAGCGGCAGAGAAUCUGUGUAGCAAGGGCACUGUACCAGAACACCAACAUUGUCUUCUUGGAUGACCCAUUUUCUGCCCUUGACAUCCACCUCAGUGAUCACCUGAUGCAGGAGGGCAUCCUCAAGUUCCUCCAGGACGACAAACGGACCGUGGUUCUGGUGACUCACAAGCUGCAGUAUCUCAUACACGCAGACUGGAUUAUUGCCAUGAAGGACGGCUCCGUGUUAAGAGAGGGAACUCUGAAAGACAUUCAGACUCACGACAUUGAACUUUACGAUCACUGGAAGACGCUCAUGAACCGACAGGACCACGGGCUGGAAAAGGAUGUGCAGCAGGACAGUCAAACAACACUUGAGAGGAAGACACUAAGGAGAGCGUUUUACUCCAGAGAGGCCAAGCUCGAUGAUGAAGACGAAGAGGAAGAAGAGGAGGAAGAAGAAGAUGAUAAUUUAUCCACAGCCACAAUCAGAAGAUCAAAAAUCCCAUGGAAGGUGUGCUGGUGUUACAUGUCCUCUGGUGGCUUCCUCAUGGUUUUCCUCAUGGUGUCCUCCAAGCUUCUCAAACACUCUGUUAUUGUUGCCAUUGACUACUGGCUAGCCUUCUGGACCUCCUCCAAAACCAGCCAGAGCCGGCCAGACUUCACCAAUGUCACCGUCACCAACGACACAAGCAGCCAACCGACCCUAGCGCCAGUAAAUGCAGCGGAUGGUUCGUAUUACCUGCCAGUCUUCAUCGCUUUGUGCGCCGCUGGGAUAGCUCUCUGCCUCAUCACCUCGCUCACGGUGGAGUUUCUGGGUCUUUCCGCUGCCACCAACCUUCAUCACAAUCUGCUCAACAAGAUCAUCCAUGCCCCGAUUAGAUUUUUUGAUAUCACACCACUGGGUCAGAUUCUCAACAGGUUUUCUGCUGAUACGAACAUUAUUGAUCAGCACAUUCCCCCCACUCUGGAGUCCUUGACCAGAUCUACACUGCUCUGUUUAACUGCCAUUGGGGUCAUUUCCUCCAUUACUCCCAUUUUUCUGAUUGCUUUGGUUCCCCUGGCAGUAGCUUUUUACUUCAUCCAGAAGUAUUUCCGGGUUGCCUCAAAAGAUCUUCAGGAUUUAGAUGACUCCACGCAGCUUCCUCUGCUCUGUCACUUUUCUGAAACCGCUGAAGGCCUGACAACUAUUAGAGCUUUCAGACAUGAAGCACGGUUUAAACAGAGAAUGCUGGAGCUGACGGACACCAACAACACGGCGUACCUGUUCCUGUCUGCUGCUAAUCGCUGGCUGGAAGUUCGCACAGAUUAUCUUGGUGCAGUAAUUGUCCUCACAGCAGCCGGAGCCUCUAUUUGGAGCUCGCUCUAUGGUCUGCCGUCUUCAGGGGGUCUGGUCGGACUUGGCCUCACGUACGCUCUGACCGUGACCAACUACUUGAACUGGGUUGUGAGAAAUCUGGCUGACCUGGAAGUGCAGAUGGCAGCUGUGAAAAAGGUCAACAGUUUCCUCGGCACAGAAUCAGAGAAUUAUGAGGGGUCAAUGGACACCUCUCAAGUUCCCGAGAACUGGCCUCGUAACGGAGAAAUUAAAAUCCAGGAUCUGUGUGUGCGCUACGACCCCAUGCUCAAACCAGUGCUUAAACAUGUAAACGCUUUUAUCCAGCCGGGACAGAAGGUGGGGAUCUGCGGCCGCACGGGCAGCGGCAAGUCCUCGCUGUCACUCGCCUUUUUCAACAUGGUGGACAUUUUUGAAGGAAAAAUUGUCAUUGAUGGGAUUGACAUUUGCAAACUGCCUUUGCACACUCUCCGGUCACGACUCUCCAUAAUUCUACAGGAUCCAGUCUUAUUCAGUGGCUCAAUCAGGUUCAAUCUGGAUCCUGAGAAGAGUUGUACAGACGAUCGACUGUGGGAGGCUUUAGAAAUUGCUCAGCUUAAAAACAUGGUGAAAGCUCUUCCUGGAGGACUAGAUGCUGUUGUGACUGAAGGAGGAGAGAACUUCAGUGUGGGUCAGAGGCAGCUCUUCUGUUUGGCUCGAGCUUUUGUUAGAAAGAGCAGCAUCCUCAUUAUGGAUGAAGCCACUGCAUCUAUCGACAUGGCAACGGAGAACAUCUUGCAGAAAGUAGUUAUGACUGCAUUUGCAGACAGGACGGUUGUGACAAUAGCACACAGAGUGUCUUCUAUUCUGGACGCGGAGCAGGUGAUGGUUUUUUCCUCUGGGAUCCUGGUGGAGAGUGACUCUGCUUCAAACCUCCUGAAACAAGAGGAGAGUCUCUUCAGUGUGCUAAGAUUCAGUUUGGGUCAGCGGAACAUUUUCUGCUUGUGCUUGCAUCGUGUCCACACCAUCCUGACCGCCGACCUGGUUAUCGUGAUGAAGCGAGGGAACAUUAUGGAGUCUGACAAACCAGAGACGCUGCUGGAGCAAGAAGAUGGCAUGUUCGCCUCCUUCGUGAAAGCAGACAUGUGA